CACGGUUUUUGCAUCCCCUUCGCCGUCGUCCCGAAUCCCGACCCACCUUCAAGACAAAAAGUACGACAACUGUGUCCCCCGCUUUCCUUAGAUCUCAUUGCUUUAUCGGAUGCUGUACAGAUAAUGGCCCAGCGCGUCACCCUUCGUAAACGCCAACCGUAUAACACCACUUCCUCCCGGCGAAGGAUUGUGAAGACGCCUGGUGGCAAGCUUGUUUAUCACCAUCUCAAGAAGCCAGCUACUUCCCCGAAAUGUGGUGACUGUGGCAUUGGACUACCUGGAAUCCCAGCCCUUCGUCCCCGUCAGUAUGCGACCAUCUCUAAACGUCAAAAGACUGUACGUCGUGCAUAUGGUGGCUCACGCUGUGGCGACUGUGUCAAGUCACGAAUCCUUCGUGCUUUCCUUGUGGAAGAAGCCAAGAUCGUGAAGAAGGUUAUCAAAUCGCAACAGCAGCAGCAGAAGAAGUGAAUAGCUGAUUUAUGCAGGAGUACCAUGUUUUCUCGUUCUGUACAGUUAUGCUUUUCAUCCAAUGCCUACCACCUUAUGUUGCAUAAGAUUUUAGAUUAUGGAGCUAUCGGGCUGAGAAAUACUGACACAGCUAUCAUGGAACUCAUUACAUCAAAUGGCUACCACCUUAUGCUGUAUAAAAUUUCAGACUAUGAAGGUAUCGGGCU